CUCUGUUUCCUUGAAAAGCCCAGCUCUGCAGUGACACCUCAGUUGGUGUGAAAGGUAGCAGCUGACAGGUCCUGAAAGAUGAUUUCUUCCAGAAGACAACUGCCAAUCCCUUACUUCAUCUCCAUCCCAGGUGGGCUGCAGGUAGCCAAGGUCAUCCGUGUGUCAGGCACUGUGCUGCCCAAUGCUAAGAGGUUCCAUAUCAACUUGUGCACUGGAGAAAACAUCACCUUUCACCUGAACCCUCGAUUCAGUGAAAACACUGUGGUCCGAAACAGUAAAAUCAAAGGCUCCUGGGGGGAAGAGGAACGAGGCCUGCCUACCAACAUGCCCUUACUCACAGGGCACAGCUUCAAGAUGGAGAUCAUAUGUGAAGCCCACUGCUACAAGGUGGUUGUGGACGGCCAGCACCUGCUGGAAUACACCUAUCGCGUGAAGGAACUGUCAACCAUCAAUCGCCUGGAGGUAGAUGGCGACAUCAAGCUUACUAAGGUGCAGGUGUAAACAGGCUCAACAGCCCAGCGAAUGGCUGAGGACAUGGCUGUGUGUCUCCUCCCUGCCCUCUUCCCUUCUCAGCCCCAGCUUCUGAGCCCUGCUAUCUGAGCAGAAGGUAGCCCAAGGUGUGACACCUGAGCCUCCAGGUCCAUUCUUCCUGGCAGUGAGCCUUCCAUGCACUCAGCCCAGGCCAGUUCUGCACAAGGCUCUCAAACACCUUCCUCCGUGCAACCCCACACUGGUCUCAAGCCACAGGUAUGCACUGGAGGAAAAAUGUGACCUCCACAGCCCUCCAUUCCUGUGACCUUUAAUUUCCCUCCCUGGCUUUGCACCCUGCCUUAAUACUGCUUCGUCUGGGAAGGCUGCCCUGGUGACACCCUGCUGACUUCCACCAACUGAGCAGAACUUCCACAGUGCUGUAUGCUUCCCUUUCCUGGCGUCUUUAAAAUAAAGAGAAAGAAAUGCUGUUGCUA